AUGCGGCCCUUCUGGCCCGUAGCUGCUGCUUUAUUCGUUCUUCCGGUAGCUUGGGGGGCCGCUUCUAUUUGCCCUGCGCCCUGCACCACUGACCCAAGCAAGUGGACGCCGUACUCGUCCCUGGAGAACCUGACAGAGUGCCGCCAUCCGGUUUUGCUCGAUUUCUCGUCCCAUGGGUCUCUAAAUGCCUCGGAAGUGUCAUUCAGAGUUCUCGCCUGCACAAUAGAGGAGAAUCGGGACCCAUCUUCCGUCUCUCCGCUUGCUACUCGUGAGCUGGAAGAACAAAGUCCAUCAGGCUCUACGGACGAUGAUGUGUCUCAGUCCCAAGAAAUCCAUCUAUUUUUAGACCGUUUGCAGACAGUCGUAAACCAGACGUCGAACCACGACACGUUCAGCGUGUUCGGGAGCCUGAACACUACAUUGGUGGGUAUAUACAGGGGUGCUACAGUCAAUGAUGCAACAGCUGCCUCUGCGGUCGAGAGGUUCAGGAACGAUUGGGAUUCCCAACUGCCUAGACGGGCUGCAAUUCAACUAUGCGGUGGUGACCGAGACGCCAAUCAUACGUUUGGCAUUGCUUUGGGUACGACAGGAAGCAUUGGGUUUGUGCAAGAAGCCGUCAAAGCCUGGACGGUUGGCCGAUGUUUCUUAAGCAACGACGCAUUUGACCUCGAAGAUACUCCUGUGGUCGAAGAGCCAACGCGUGAACUUCAUCUCGGCAACACGACGAUUGCAGACAACGCCACCCUUAUCAGACCUUCGUUGGAGUAUACUUGCAAGAAGGAAGCAGUCAGGGAAGGGGACACCUGUGCUACACUUGCUAAAAGAUGUGGCGUCAGCGGACUGGAAUUCAUGAAGUACAACCCGAAGAGGCAACUGUGCGCGUGGCUUCGACCUGGAGAAGAGGUGUGCUGCUCCGGCAAAAACUGGACGAAGGGCAAGCCCGCCAUCAACAGAGACGGCUCAUGUGCGGCAUACCUGACCGGGAACAAUGACACCUGCGCAUCUAUAGCCCACGCACACAAUAUGGAGGUGGAAAAGAUCAGAUAUUACAAUGAUGGCAGGACUUGGGGCUGGACUGGGUGCGAUCAACUUCAGAGCGGGCUGAGAAUCUGCUUGAGCGAUGGCUAUCCACCCCUCCCUGCCCCCAAGGCUGGCGCAAUCUGCGGUCCCACCGUUCCAGGAACAGAGCAGCCUUCAGAUGGAGCACCGCUUGCAGCAUUGAACCCGUGUCCGCUGAAUGCAUGCUGUAAUACCCUUGGUGAGUGUGGCACGACUCCUGACUAUUGCAUCUAUGAGGAAGGUCCGACUGGAAACCCUGGAACAGCGCCUCCGGGCAAGAAGGGUUGUAUCUCCAACUGCGGCAUGGAAAUUGUUGACAACUCUCCUCCGCCCACCGAGUUUAUGAGGAUUGGGUACUAUGAAUCGUUUAAUCUCGAUCGGCCUUGUCUCAAUCUUCACGCAGCCCACAUCAAAGUCAAUGACUACAGCCAUAUUCACUGGGCAUUCGUGUCAAUCAACAGCGAUUUUCAGAUCAGUGUCAACGACACUUAUAACCAGUGGGAGGAUUUCAUAUCUUUGAAAGGCGUGAAACGAAUCGCCUCGUUUGGCGGUUGGGGGUAUUCUAUCAACUCGGCUAGUUAUGAUGUGCUUCGCGAGGCCAUGUUCCCGGAAAAUGUCGACACGUUCAUCGUUAGCAUCAUGGAGUUCGUCGCGGAUAACAACUUGGACGGCGUGGAUUUUGACUGGGAGUAUCCAGGGGCAGCGGAUGUCUUGAAUAUCAGUCCAGGCCUGGAAUCGGACGGCCCGAAUUAUAUCGCCUUCAUCAAGAAGCUUCGAAAAAUCUUUCCGUCAGAUAAAACCAUCUCCGUUGCUGCACCUGCCACGUAUUGGCAUCUCAAGUCAUUUCCAAUAGAAAUGUGGCAGCAUGUUGAUUACCUCAUCUACAUGACCUAUGAUUUCCAUGGGCAAUGGGAAUACGAGACCUCAUUCAUCCAGGACUGGUGUAACGGGGGAAAUUGUCUGAGAAGUCACGUUACGAAAGCUGGAGUACCACGCAGUGCUAUCACCAUCGGGGUUGCUAGUUACGGACGUGCUUUCGGCAUGGCCGAAGCGGAUUGCAUUCGACCAGAAUGCAAGUUCACUGGCCCGAGGACCGCAGCAAUCCCGGGAAUGUGCACAAGAACGCCUGGCAUCAUCGCCAUUGCGGAAAUCGAAGCCCUGAUGAUUGAAGGUGAUAUCAAUGAGUCCUUCUACGACCCGGCCUCAGACUCGAAUAUCCUCGUGUAUAAUGACACCCAAUGGGUCGGGUUCAUGAGCAAGAGUACCAUGCGCAGACGGGUGGAGAGGUACAAGGAGAUGAAGUUUGCUGGCUUCGCAAACUGGGCAGUCGACCUGACACAUUGGAGCGGAGACGAUGUUGAGGUUGAAGAGGCAAAUCUGUGGGGGUUGCCGAAGGAGGAUCCUGCUACUUGA